GAGGGAAAUUUGAUGAAAAGUUGUAGCCCUUUAUUAAUAUUUUCGUUAAAAAAUUCUGUUAGUAUUAUUAUUAGUUUUAGGUAGUUUCUUUUGUAAGUACAAGUAAUAUACGCACAUAAUCGUUUUCCUGUUUUAGUGAAGUGGAGGAAAUGGUUCAGAUUUUAAUUCGAAUGCCAACUAGUGAAGAUAGUAAAUCAGGUGUUCCAGAUUGGGCAGUGGUAGAAUUACAAGGAGAUUUGGAAUCAAAAAGUGGUCAAGAAAUGCAUGGUUCCUUUGUUGGAGACUUACAUUAUACAAAAAAGGGUGCUAUUUUAAUUAUUGGACACCACAUCUUGUUUGGUAAAACUGUAGAUGUGGAUAAACCUUUCAUUGUUCUACGUAAAAAGAAUUCCCUUACAGAACACCAUCAUGAAGCCAAUAUGUUGAGGUCACAGAAAUCUCUUGAACACACACAAGAAGAAGAAGCUUCAGAAGUAUCUGUUAGUAUUGAAAACUUAUAUGAUAAACAUAAUUAUUCCACUUAUUAUGAAGUGCAUGCAAUUGUUCGGAAGAAGAUCUUAUUCAAAACUCGGCCCAAGCCUAUUGUUACCAAUGUCCCAAAGAAGCUUUAACUUAAGUAAUAAUAUACAGACUUAAGCUACAAUAUUGAUUUUUUAUAAGAAUCCAGUGUGCACAGAUAAGGAAGAUGUUAAAAUAUGAGCAGCCUUUAGAAGCAUCUGUAGAAUAUGCAAUGAACAUAUAUAACAGGGUUUUAUAUAAGACCACAAGUAUACCAGUAUGUUGUAUACUUUGGAAUUGGGGAAAAUAUACAAAAUAAAAAUAUGUUGAAUUUUUGAGCAAUUUUCUGAUUGUGUAGUAAAUUUGGAAUGUUUUUUGCAGAUGAACUAAUAUAGGAAUGAGGUUAGUACUAAACAUAUUUCGAUUUUUAUUAUUUCAAAAAUUCUGAUUAUUAACCCUUCUAUUACCAAGUUAUCAAAAAGAAGUACAUUUUUAUUUUCCACAAAACUUUUACUGAGAAUAAUUGCAUUAUAAUUGUAAUAAGAGACUGUAAAACAUAUUUUAAUAAUGAAAUGGUAUCUUUAUACUCUGAAACAACAUUAAAUAUGGGUUCAUAAUGUACUGCACAUGUUGAUAAUAAAAAGGGUUACAUAAACAAUCUGGGGUAUGGGUUGGCCUUGUGGUAGAGCUCAGGAUUUCAGAACAGACAAACUGGGAUGAAUCUGUGAGAUACCACAAAAUAUUACCUGCACUUUAAGCUGUGGAUGUGUUGUAAGAGUGACAGACAAUCUCUUAUCAUGGGUGCCAUCCCUCUGGUCAUUAGUUUGAAAUUAGAGAUGGUGGUGGAUAGUGCCUUUGUAUCUUUACCUUAAAAUACAUAACAGAUUAGUUUUUAUUUAAAUGUUUUUUGAAAUGUGAAUGACUGUUAGAAAAAUAAGUAUGUUAAUAUGGAGUAUCUUCAAUAUUAGCAGACUUGGAAUAUCUACAUUGGAAAUAAUUAAAACAAUCUUGGUAAAUUGGAGCAAAAGAGUAAAAUAGUUACCAGAAAGUUUAACUUUUCCAUUGUUUGCUAAAAGUAAUCUUGCUAGUGAUAAACAAAGUUACACUUGUGCACUGCCCUGCCAAAAGUAUCCAGAUGUAGUCAUAAAGGAAAGGGAUAGUGAAGUUAUUACUUCUUAUAAUUGUGUAAUACCACCCUUGUUCUGUAUUUAGUAUUUCUGCUCUGUGAUGACAUGUUCUGAACUUGUUUCUAUCAAGCAUGUGAUAUCAUUUGUUUCAGUUGUUAUUUCAAAAGCUUAACCAGUUGAUGACUGCAAAGCUGUAGUCUAGCCUUUCCAAUUAACCCCUUUGGAUGGUCUCACAAAUGUUUUACAAGGUUUAGAAACUGGACUCUAAAUGUGCCAUUCAAAGAUUAUAUUGCUACGUUGAUAAAGUGCAUGGGUGUCACAUAUUUUGUGGCAGGGAGCAUUAUCCUGCUGGAAUAAUACAUUGGUCUACUGAAUAAAUAAAUCCACCACUUGUGGCCUCUAGACUGUGUUAAGAGCUAUUAAUGUACAUGGGCAUUUUGACAAGCAGAUACUUAAGAAAAUGUAGACCUCAGCAUAAUACCCCUACCACAUUUCUCUUUCGUUGGUUCAGUACAGUCUGAAAUUGUAUCCAAUUAUCAAGAUACCAGUAAUGUUAGGUCUUAUAUCAAAUGGUAGUAGAAAAUGAGAUCAAAUACCCCCUUGAAAUUAUUCAAGCAUUCUUAAGUGUGGUGUGAUGUUUGUGUAACUCAACCCAUUCACAUGUAGCCACAGGAAUACAGUACAAUCACUAUGAUAUUACGUACAAGACCAUAUCUAGCAUUCUUUUUCACAACUCUAAUAAAUAGACAUUCGUGUUAAUGUGUUUUUUUCCUAUGGUAUUGAAUGUGACCAAAUAGUAUAGUUUUUUUACACUUUCAAUAGCCUGUACUAUUCUUUUGAAGUUAAUGAAAUUCAGAAUAUUUAUGAACAUUGCAUGCACUUCAGCACUACUAAUGUACUUCUCUGUUGUGUAAUAAUGCUUGAAAAUGGCUUGAAUGAGUAAUGAAGAAAAAACUUUAAUAUAAGUUUGACAUAACAGCAAAUGUACAAUG